CCAUAUAGUCGCUGGAAGAUCUGGUGACGGUUACGAUUUUAGUGGAUUCUCGGUGGCUGUGUUUUCCUGGUCGUAGUUCGCCAAGUUAGUGGUCAAUACGAUUCGUUGGUUGCUCUCGCAUUUCGAAAUAGUGGUAAUCGCACCAAAUGGCAGUGCUAUCAGUUCGAGGUUGUCGUAUAGAUUCCCAUGGACGCCCUAAUGCUAACACAUGUGCAAAGCUAUAUCUAAACCAUGUCUGUGUGCGCCGCGUAUGACUAUGCCCAAGGAAAUUCUUAAUCAUUUUUGGCUGAGUUUAGUGUGCAUAGGGCGGUGCUCGCAGCGCCAGAGAAUUUGCUGAUCCAAAGUUUCAAUCGAAUUUGCUUUCCUUUAAUCAAUAUAAUGUCACUGACCAAGUCGUCGUCGAGAAAGGAUCUAACCGAGCAGAAUCAGUAUCAGAAUCAGAAUGAGAAUCAGAAUCAGCCCAAAUCGACGACCAUAGUCAAGUAUGAGAAGUCGUCGUGCCUCUUCUGCAACGAAUGGUUCGAUGCCCAGACAUUCACGGUUAUAAUCGUCCAACUUUUCAGUUCACCUUUGAUUACUAUUACAUUACUCCUCUUUGGAUGCGACUGCAGGAACACCUGAUCCACUGCGGCCAGGUGCUGGAGGAGUGUCCCAACGGCUGUCAGGCCUUCAUUCCACGCAUCCGUAUGCGAUCCCAUCUGAAGGAGUGUCCACGCAACCAGCACAAUCUGAGCAAUCAGCAACGCAUGAGUGUCAGCAUGGAUCGCCUGGAUAGGCAGUCGGAUCAGCGUCUCCUGGUCAUUGAACAGGACGUGGGCACCAUUCGGUCCGUUCUCAACGAGGAGAUACGACAGCGUUUGCAUCUCAUUACCGAUGUGGGCAACAUACGGAAGCAGAACCAGGUCGUCGAGGACUGGACCCGCGAAACCGAGAAGGCAAUGGACGAUCUGCGUCGCCAGAUGGAGGAGGAAACCAAUCGGAAGGCAUUCGCCAUCGAACAGAACCAGCUGGAUGUCCAGUACUGCUGUGAUAUCACACAGUCCUUGAAAGAGCAAGUGGAGUCCAGGCUGGAUGAGGCCCAAAAGCUGGUCAAUCAGCUCUCGGCGGACGUGACCUAUCACCAGAAUCAGCUAAACGACAAUAUCCUAAAGCUGGAGGAGCUGAUCUUUGAGAACGAGCGGCUCAACAGGGAGAAGUUCUUUCAGAUCGAGGAGUUUCUGCAGCAGAUCAAUGAGGACAUCAAAACAAAGCUGGGCAACAGUGACUAUGUGACGUCAAAGCAGGCCACAUUGGACUAUGAGGUGAAGAAUGUGAAGAACAUUGUGUGCGAAACGGAGGAACGUUGCGAUAAAUUGGAUCGAGCACUUCACCAGACCAUGCAGAAUAUAUCGGAUUUGGAGACCCAAAUGGCCAUGCAGCAGCGGAUUGCCAGUGUCCAGAAUAUAAGGGGACACUUGAUUUGGCGCAUCAAGGAUUACUCGAAAAAACUGGAAGAGUCCAAGCAGUACGACACCAUCCUCCAUAGCGCCAUGUUCUCCAAUAAAGCCUUUGGCUAUGCUCUACGGCUGGAUAUAUACUUGAAUGGCAAGGGCACCUGGAAGGGCAGGAACAUGAUCGCCUGCUUGAACGUUCUAUCCGGAGAGUACGAUCCCCUUCUGGCCUGGCCAUGCCGCCUUCAGGCCGAGAUCAUCAUCCGGGAUCAGUGCACGAAUGUGGCAGAUGCCGAGGAUUAUGUGAAGACCAUCUUUGUGCGCAAGAAGAGCGAUGAUUUUAUCCAAAGCAACCAGUACUUCCAUAUACCACACAAGGUAAUCACCAGUCGCAACUAUCUUCGCAACGAUUCCAUGUUCAUCGAGGUUCGAGUUCUAAAAUAAAACCCAUGCAGCAUCGCUAUCCCACCCACCAGGAGCGAUAAGAAAAAAAAAAUCCAAUUGCGGAUUGUCACAUACAUAAAACAUAAUUUAUUCCAUUGAGAGCGAACUGGAAGUUAAAAACCCGCUUACAAACACGAGUAUGUGUACAUAUAUAGUGUAUAAGUGCAUACGAAUCGAUUCAUCGUUUCAAUAUGCGUAUAUUGUAGUUUUAAAUGUCAUUGCAGUUUUAAAUGCUUUUUUUCAAAUUAGGCAAUAGUCACAUUGAGGCACUGUCGAGACGAAGUCGGUAGUUAGAAAGCAUAGCUUUUAUUGCAACAUUUCCCUGGUCACUUUGUCAAGAUAUAAGCAACUCUUUCAUUUUUUGGUUUUUCAUUUCGAGCAAAUUAACAAGCGAUUUUUGAGAGGAACUUCCAUAUUAUUUGUCUUUACGAACGCAUUUAAAUACAAAGGUCUUUUAAUAAAAUACAACUUCAACACUUGUC